GGCCCCGCGGUCCAUCUCGCCAGGACGAGCGUCCCCGCGCCCGCGGCCGGCAUGGGCCGCAAGGUGACGCUGGCCACCUGCGCGCUCAACCAGUGGGCCCUGGACUUCGAGGGCAACCUGCGGAGGAUCCUGAAGAGUAUCGAGAUCGCCAAGUGCCGAGGAGCCAGGUACAGGCUUGGACCGGAGCUGGAGAUAUGUGGCUACGGGUGCUGGGACCACUACUACGAGUCGGACACCCUCCUGCACUCGCUGCAGGCCCUGGCCGCCCUGCUGGACUCCCCGGUCACGCGGGACAUCAUCUGUGAUGUGGGCAUGCCCGUCAUGCACCGCAACGUCCGCUACAACUGCAGGGUGAUCUUCCUCAAUCGGAGGAUCCUGCUCAUCAGACCCAAAAUGGCCUUGGCCAACGAGGGCAACUACCAUGAGCUGCGCUGGUUCACCCCCUGGUCCAGGAGCCGGCAGAUGGAGGAGUAUUUCCUCCCUCGGAUGCUCCGGGACCUGACCCAGCAGGAAACUGUGCCCUUUGGGGACGCCGUGCUGGCCACCCAGGACACCUGCAUUGGGAGCGAGAUCUGCGAGGAGCUCUGGACGCCCCACAGCCCGCACGUGGACAUGGGCCUGGACGGCGUGGAGAUCUUCACCAACGCCUCAGGCAGCCACCACGUCCUGCGCAAAGCCCAUGCCAGGGUGGACCUGGUAACCACGGCCACCGCCAAGAGCGGUGGCAUCUACCUGCUGGCCAACCAGAAGGGCUGUGACGGGGGCCGCCUCUACUACGACGGCUGCGCCAUGGUGGCCAUGAACGGCCACAUCUUUGCCCGCGGCUCCCAGUUCUCGCUGGAGGACGUGGAGGUGCUCACGGCCACGCUGGACCUGGAGGACGUCAGGAGCUACCGGGCGGAGAUCUCGUCUCGGAACCUGGCGGCCAGCCGGGUGAGCCCCUACCCCCGGGUGAAGGUGGACUUCGCCCUCUCGCUCGACGACGACCUGCUGGCCCCGCUCUCUGAGCCCGUCAAGUGGACGUACCACAGUCUGGGCGAGGAGAUCAGCCUUGGCCCCGCGUGCUGGCUCUGGGAUUUCCUGAGACGCAGCCGACAGGGGGGGUUUUUCCUGCCCCUGAGUGGCGGCGUGGACAGCGCGGCCACCGCCUGCCUCGUCUACUCCAUGUGCCACCAGGUCUGCGAGGCGGUGAGGAACGGAAAUCAGGAGGUGCUGACCGACGUCCGGACCAUCGUGAACCAGGCGAGCUACACCCCUGAGGACCCCCGAGACCUUUGUGGGCGCCUCCUGACCACCUGCUACAUGGCCAGCGAGAACUCCUCGCAGGAGACGAGCGACAGGGCCAGGGAGCUGGCCCAGCAGAUGGGAAGCUACCACAUCGGCCUCAGCAUCGAGCCCGCCGUGAAGGCCGUUGUGGGCAUCUUCAACCUGGUGACCGGCAAGAGCCCCAUGUUUGGGGCUCACGGAGGAAGCACCCGGGAGAACCUGGCUCUGCAGAACGUGCAGGCCCGCAUCAGGAUGGUGGUCGCCUACCUCUUCGCGCAGCUGAGCCUCUGGUCUCGGGGCACGCCCGGCGGGCUGCUGGUGCUGGGCUCCGCCAACGUGGACGAGAGCCUCCUCGGCUACCUGACCAAGUACGACUGCUCCAGCGCCGACAUCAACCCCAUAGGCGGCAUCAGCAAGACGGACCUGCGGGCCUUCAUCCGGUUCUGCACCGAGCGCUUCGGGCUCCCCGCCUUGCACAGAAUCCUGGCGGCGCCGGCCACCGCGGAGCUGGAGCCCCUGGUCGGCGGACAGGUGUCCCAGACGGACGAGGAGGACAUGGGGAUGACCUACGCGGAGCUGUCCGUCUACGGGAGGCUGCGGAAGGUGGCCCGGGCCGGGCCCUACAGCAUGUUCUGCAAGCUCCUGAACAUGUGGAGGGGCGCCUGCACCCCGAGGCAGGUGGCCGACAAGGUGAAGCGGUUCUUCUCCAUGUACGCCGCGAACAGACACAAGAUGACCACGCUCACGCCCGCCUACCACGCCGAGCACUACAGCCCCGAUGACAACAGGUUCGACCUGCGGCCCUUCCUGUACCCCACGCGCUGGCCCUGGCAGUUCCGCUGCAUAGACCGCCAGGUCCUCCAGCUUGAGGGGACGGAGCAGCAGGCCCUGGAUGGCGUGGACUGAAGUGGCCCUGCGUAGGCUCCGUGGAGCGGGGCCUCCUCCUGCCCAUGAGCUCCUCAGUCUGUGCACAUCCCAGGAGCGGGCACUCCGGUCACUUCCUUCCAGAGAGGCUGAAUAAAGUGGGGUCCAAGCUCCCCAA